AUGCCCUUCGCCUGGACUCAAGAUCGCGCAGCAGCGCCACAGACCACAUCGGCAGCGCCGUCAGGGCGGAUCUCGGCCUCUCCGACACAGUCAAGAAGCCAUCGUCGUGGACUUGCUCCCUCUGCAUCGAUCAGCUCCGUCAGCACCAGCAGGCGAAGCGCUUCAGGCUCGCAGCUACCACCGCCACCUCCUCCCUCUUCUUUGUCUCUUCCAAAGGCUUCCACUUCUGCAGCCCUUACCAAUGCAGAUGAGAGUGGCGACUUCCGACGCUUUCUGGACGAAGCUCAGGCCAAAGAUCAACGACAAAGGCUGCCACAGGCCAAUGCGGAAGCUGCGACUCUAACUCCUGAUUCGCAUCGCCCUCGACGACCAGCCGCGGGUGCCGAUGCUGCCGAAUCACUCCGUCGCGUUGCGAGCUCCUCAACGCUCAGCAGUAUGCACAGUCGGCGUGCAGCUACUAUCGCCGGCACGAGGGCCGACCAGAGUGCUACCCCAGCUGGCAGAGCACGCAAGAACUCGACCAUCUCGACUGCAUCAAAAGCGCAAAGGUCCCUUUCGAAUUACUCGGUCACUUUCCGCAAUCCUACCUGCCAGUUCCUCGAACAGCUCUCAGUCGAAGCACAGACGCCCGAGCUCGGCAUCGAUGCUACUCCCAUCAUAGGCCGCACUGUCGACAACAAGAGUCAUCUUACUGCACUCGGUCAUGCGGCACAGCUGCAGAGCAGGAGCACCUCUGGUAAUCAGUCUUCACCCAGCUCGACAAAUGAGGGCAAAGCACCAGCAGCUUCUCAUCCCACACCCGUCCGAUCGUCUACUAUCGCGGUGGAGACACCAACUGCUACUUGCUCUAGGCUGAGCACAUCAAGAUCUCCUACUCCUGCUCAGCCGACUCCUGCUGCUCCAGUGCUCUCGCCUACCGCUCGCAGCCAGCCUCUGUCUUCAAGACACAGACCGCAGAGCUACAUCCACAAGCCUCCCACGGAGCCAUCCGGCGUUUUGUCUCGGCGCAAGCUAGGUGCCACCGGGCUUGGCAAUGGUCUCCCCACUUCUCCAAGUGCCUCUUGGACACAAUCGAAACGUAGUGCGGCUGAGAUGGAGCGCAGUUCAUCCUUGCAGGUUGGCGCCAAGCUUCAAGAAGCGACGCGAGGGUCGGAGGCUGUGCCAUUGCAGCAGAGUCCCAGUCAGCCUGCUUCGAGGAGAAAGUCUUGGUUCGGGCUCGGCUGGGCUGGCGAGGCGACGGAUGCAGCCGCAGAGAAGGAGCAAAAGGUCGACACUGGAGCUGAUGUGAAGGACGAGCCGAUGGAGGAUCAGCCGCCGCCGUCGAUGAGUGAAGAAGAAGCUGCCUUUCGGAGAUCGUUGGGUUAUGAUGACGCCUAUGAUCCCAGUGCUAGUGUUACCACUCUCAAGGCGGCUGCGCGUACUGCCAAUCCGCGGCGCUUUCCUGCUGGUCGUGAUUUGGACGCUACACCCAAGGUCCAGCCGAGUCAUGCGCAGAUUCCGCAUAGGGAGAGAAGGGUGUCAUGGCUGCCUUGGCGCAAUAUAGCGCCGCCAGCUGCGGAUGAGGUUGAUAAUCCAGCAAACAAUCUAGCGGAAGCUCCUGCUCAACCAUUACCUGCGAAAGCGGACGAUGUUGUCCCACACGAAAGUCCUGAAACUCAGCUAGCCAACGCAGCCCCGUCAUCUGCUGCUGAAGAGCUACCGCCCACAGUGGCGAGCGCUGAUGGCGAGGACACUGUCACCUACAGGACCGUAGUCAAGCGUGGCUGGAUGGGCGCACGUUACAAAGUGCAAGAGCCAAUACAGAGCUUGAAAGAUAUUUUCGAACCUCCACAGGCAGAAUCUUGGCGAGCUCAAGAGGCUGACGGUGCUGCCAGCGCGAAUGACAAAGCUGCCGAGCAAAGCGUUCAGAAUCAGUCUAACGGGGCCAAUACCUCCUACCCUCCCGCAUCGAACUCUGGCGAAGAUGCUAGACAGAACAGCGGCACAUGGAGAUGGCCAUUCUGGUCAGGGCACGAAGGUCAGCCUGAGCCAAGUCGCGACUCAGCCGCACAGCAGCUCGAGGUGCCAGCGGUUCCGACAGACAGCUCCGCUCAGCCCGCAACCAAUGUCGAUGCAGCUGAGCCUAUGGACAUAGACCAGAACGGACCCCCUGCCGAUGCGCCAAUGGCUCCAGAGGGCGGUUCGUGGACUUACUCGUCCUACGUCGCUAGCUGGGUGCCUACCUGGGUGUACAAUGCUCAACAGCAAGCCGCUGCGUCCAACAACGAAGGAGGUCAGAAUCAGGUUGAGGCUACAGCGUCGGCCUCUGCUACUGAAAUGCCGCUCCCGCGCACACCUGCCGAACAGGUCAAAGCAGAUGCUCUAGCGUGUAACUCUGCAGCGUCCGCUGCUGCUACCGUCUUUGACGCUAAUAAGGCCGUGCUCAACAACUCUACCAAGAGUGGCUGGAUCAAGUUCUUUGGCUCUCGCAGUGCCAAUCUUCCUGAGAAGAUGGCAGAGGCUAUCACAGCUGAUGACGGCCUGGAAGUGAUGGACAUCAGUGAGAUGGAGGGCUCUGCCAGGCCAGCGGCUACGGCUCGCACUAUUGCAUCGAACAAUGGACGUCUGACUCCGGAUGUGGUCAGAGCGACUCGUGCACGAACGACAACCGGCGGCAAUCUGGCGGGAUCUAAGGCGUCUUCACUUGCAGGAGAUGGCGAAAGGGCUCGUACAAAUACGCCGCUUUCGACUAGCAAGGACAGCAUCAAGAAUCUUAGCAAAACUACGAUCACCAAAGCGGCGAAUGUCACUGCUGCUUCGACGCUGGGACUUGGCAAAGGGAAGCGCACCAAUGCUCAUAAUGGUGGCGGAACGGGUACCAAUGGCGGUGAUGGCGGUAGCAACUCUCAGCAGCCGGCUAAAGACAUUAGUAAAGGCUUGGCACCCGGUGGCUCAGGGCCGUCGAGAUCCGGUGCGUCGACACCAAUGAAGUCAGCUGCAGACCCUGUAGCUUCAGCACCGCCCAACCUGGUGCUGCCAUCCUUUGAAGACACUUUCACAAGAGCGCCAAGAAUGUGGCCACCCAAAGUGAGUGUACUGGAGCGGACGCUCAGUGCUGUCAACAGCUACUUUUUCAGCAAGGUGCCGGAUCUGGAGCGCAUGAAACGGCCAACUCGCUACUCGACAUAUGGAGAGUCGAGUCUUGGUUCCGGAACAUCGCUCGCUACGGCGGCAACGAUCAAGCCGACGCAGCGACUUGCAGGGAAAGCCAAGGCCACUGGUGCAGGAUCGAGUAAAGACAAGGGUGUCGAGACUGCAUUGAAAGAAGUUGCAGAGUCUGCUCAGAGACUGCCACGCGCCUGGUCCACGGUCGGCAUGCAUGACAGAGCGCAGACGAAAGGUACUGCGGGGAUUGGCAAGAUCGUUGUCAUCGGUGUGCACGGAUGGUUCACCCAGAGUAUCUUCAAGAACAUGAUCGGUGAGCCAACCGGCACAUCUGCCAAGUUCGCGGCUAUGCAAACGGAGUCUAUCCGGCGGCACUUUUUGGAGGCUGGUCUCGAGUUGAAUCCGGAGGCAAUCACUGCAAUCUCGCUGCAGGGCGAUGGCAAGGUGGCUGAUCGCGUGGAUCGGCUCUUUGCGGAGCUGAUCAGUAGGCCGAACUGGGUGAGCGAUAUGAAGAACUGCGAUGCACUGUUCCUCUCGGCUCACUCGCAAGGAGCGAUCGUGGCGACGCAAUUGUUGGCCCGCUUGAUCGAGCAGCGACAUGUUCAUGCCGAACACACUCGCAUCUGUCUCCUCGCCAUGGCAGGUAUCCAUCACGGCCCUUUCGCUCAUCUGAGGUCAAGCAUCACAGCGAGCUACAUCAGCUACUUCGAGACCGCCGCUGCCAAGGAGCUAUUCGAGUUCCAAUCUUCCACCACCGCCGUCGCUCAGCAAUACACAGCAGCGCUCAAGAUCAUCCUCGAUGCCGGAGCCAAGUGCGUCUACGUCGGAUCAACUGAUGAUAAUGUCGUACCCAUCUACUCGGCGCUGAACUCGAGCAGCAACCACCCGUCGAUCCUUCGUGCGCUGUACAUUGACGGACAGGCGUUCCCAAAGGUUGACUUCUUGACGAAUUUGUUGGUGCUCUGCGUGGCGAUUAGGAAUGCUGGCCUGAGCGAUCAUGGGUUGUUGACGUUGCUUUCGGCCAGUGUGGCGGGAAGUCUCUAUGGUGGGAGGGGACAUUCGUUAGUGUAUGAGGAGAAAGCGGUGUAUGAUCUGGCAACAAGAUAUUUGUUUGAGGUCACGCAUCCGCUUUCGGAUCCCACCUUGGUGCCUGGACCACCAGGAGCUACUUCUAGCAGCUUACACACGACGCAACACGCUUCUUACUCUUCUUCCCCUGCUAGCGCCCGCAAGGUCUCCGGCUCAGAAUCCGCCCCAAAAAAGACAGUAAUGCUGGUAUCAGAAGCAUUCGAAGCUCAACGUUGGAAUCCUUACGAAUUGCCAUGGGCCCUUAGAGGGCUGUUCGAGGACAAACAUGUCAGGAGUUUGUUUGCGGAGGAUAUGUUGAAUCUGUUGAAGAGCUAUGAACAGUGGAGGCCAGACCCGAAGAGUAAAGCUCUGAAAGACUUGCAGUGGAGAUUGGCGCCAAUGAGGAGUAUUGCGCCUCCUCCGAUCGAUGAGGGGUUUGAUGGGGAGGAUGAAGCGGGUGGAAAGGAGAAGGACAAGGCGAAAGAUGAUGGGGGGAGUGGGAAGAGUUCUAAGCUUUGA